ACAGUCCCCCUUUCAGGAGGAACAUGUUAGUUAUGUAGCUGUUAUGUAGUCGGCUGUGUCGUCCAUUCACCACGCUUGAUACCAUUUUUAAUCAAAAUGACUUCUCUGAAAUCGAUGCUGGCUUUCUCCACCAAAACGCUGGCGAUAAUAAAGAAACACUCACACGUCGUUUACAUCAAGAGGACUCUGCUGCUGUCCAGGCUGCCUCCUCUCAGAUCAACACAAGGCAGGUUGGUUAACUUUGGCCGACAGUGCAGCUCCACAGCCGCCACAGCAGAAAAAGGAGAGGACUCUUUUCUCAAAUGGUUCCUGCUGCUGAUUCCUGCCACCACUUUUGGUCUUGGAACAUGGCAGGUGAAGCGACGCCAGUGGAAAAUGCAACUGAUUGCUGAGCUGCAGAGUCUUACCGCUGCUGAGCCUAUUCCUCUUCCUAUUGACCCACUUGAGCUGAACAACCUGGAGUACAGAAGGGUGAGGGUGCGUGGACGCUACGACCACUCGCAGGAGCUUUACAUCCUGCCCCGCUCCCCAGUCGACCCGGAGAAGGAGGCCAGGGAGGCGGGCAGGUUAUCCUCCAGCGGAGAGACGGGGGCAAAUGUCAUCACCCCUUUCCACUGCACCGACCUUGGCAUCACAAUCCUGGUGAACAGAGGAUACGUCCCCAAGCAGAAGAUCAAACCAGAGACCAGGAUGAAGGGACAGGUGGAAAGUGAGAUGGAGGUGGUUGGGGUAGUUCGGCUGACAGAGACUCGCAAACCCUUUGUGCCCAACAAUGAUGUGGAUAGAAACCGCUGGCAUUUCCGUGACCUGGAGGCCAUGUCCCGUGUAACCGGAACUGAACCCAUCUUCAUCGAUGCCGACUUUGCCAGCACCAUCCCUGGUGGACCAAUCGGAGGACAGACCAGAGUCACGCUGAGGAAUGAACACAUGCAGUACAUAAUGACAUGGUAUGGUCUGUGCGUUGCAACGUCGUACAUGUGGUAUGCCAAGUUCAUCAAAAAGAUUAAAUUGUGAAAUGCUCAGCGAGAUGAUUGUGUGAAACCUUGGAUGCAUAAUAAUAUCAGAAUAAUUUAAUCUGAAAUGUUGAAGAUGGAAGCCUCCAGAUGGGCUUGGUUAUCAUUUUAUGCUUAGAGCAUUCAUUCACUGACAAACAUGUAAAUAGUUUUGGAUUAUGUUCUUUAAAUGAGUAUUAAAAUAAUAUAAGAACUCA